UCCAAUAUGCAGGCCGCGGAAGAACUUCAAUAACAGUCUGUUUUUGGUCUUUCCGUGGUGUAAUUGAUUUGAGUUGUGCGGAUAACGCGAAAAACCAAUCGACGAGCGUCGGCCAGCAAUUCUAGUCACGCGUGUCGCGAAGCCAAGCGGUAAACAAAAAGCACGCCCCACACCGCAGUGACCCCCCUCCAUCAACACCAACACCACCACCCCCCGCGCUCUAUCAAAACAACAAAAGCACACACGCAAGGCCACGGCGGAGCAGCAACAAGAAAAACAACAACAACGGCGACAACAAUGGAAGAACUGAACAUCAUAUUACAGAAGACCAAAGAUAAAUCAACGCAAAAGGAGCAGGAUGAGAUUCUGCUGCAGCCCUUUACAUACAUACAACAGAUUCCUGGCAAGCAAUUCCGCUCUGAGUUGGCCUUGGCCUUCAAUCACUGGUUGCUCAUACCGGGCGAAAAGUUGGCGCAGAUCGGAGACAUUGUGCAGAUGCUGCACAAUUCCAGUUUGCUCAUUGAUGAUAUUGAAGACAAUUCGAUCCUUCGCAGAGGUGUGCCCGUGGCGCAUUCCAUCUACGGCGUGGCCAGCACCAUAAAUGCGGCCAACUAUGCACUCUUUCUGGCGCUGGAGAAGGUGCAGCAGCUGGAUCAUCCGGAGGCUACCAAGGUGUACACCGAACAAUUGCUGGAGCUGCACCGUGGACAGGGCAUGGAGAUCUAUUGGCGCGACAGCUUCACGUGUCCAUCCGAGUCGGAUUACAAGCUGAUGACUGUGCGCAAAACUGGCGGCCUCUUUAUGCUGGCCAUUCGCCUUAUGCAGCUGUUCAGCUCCAACAAGGAGGACUAUUCGAAGUUGACGGCUAUAUUGGGCCUGUACUUUCAGAUACGCGACGACUAUUGCAAUCUGAGUCUGAAAGAGUACACGGAGAACAAGAGCUUCGCCGAGGACUUGACGGAGGGCAAGUUCGGCUUCCCGGUAAUCCAUGCGGUUCGCACCCAAAAGCAGGAUAAACAGGUUCUACACAUAUUACGCCAGCGCACGCACGACAUUGAGGUCAAGAAGUACUGCAUCACCUUGUUGGAAAAGCUGGGCAGCUUUCAGUAUACACGCAAGGUUCUGGAGUCGCUCGACGCAGAGGCUCGGUCGGAGGUGGCUCGUUUGGGUAGCAAUCCGUACAUGGACCGCCUGCUCAACAAGCUGCUGUCGUGGAAGACGAGCGAUAGCGCCAGCAUCACGCAGUCGAACCAGAUCAAUCACAACAACGUCUCACGCAGCAGCCCCAACCAGAACACGCUCAAUUGCAAUUAGCAGCCAAAGAGGCAAAAGAGGGAGCAGUCGUGAAUUGCGAACGGCAGAGCCUCUUUUGCCGCCAAUCCGGGACAGCAGCAGGCCAGCAGCCAGCCGACGCCUGCGUGCCUCAGUGCGCCCCUGUUGCGUUUCCUGCAGAAGCUGAAGAUAUUCUGAGAUUUAUGUUACCCUUUGCCAAACCGAAAAGCCCACAGAGAACCCCUACCUUACUGUCAACCGAAACCAGAGCGAUGAGAACGGAAAUAGGAGGAGGAUAGGAUUUGGAUUUGAUAGUGAAUCGGAUGAAAUGGGAUGGAUAACAAAACCAACAGCAGCCUUACAGAAAAUUGUUAAGCCAAAAGUAAAUUGAUAUAAGCCAAGCUUAUCGUUGAGCUAGCAAAGAGCCAUAUUACAGCUUUCCAAGAAUUUGUUUUUUUACUUUUACAUUUUACUUUAUACUUUUAAUUUAGUUUUGCUUCAAAGUUACGUAGUUAGUUAGCUCGUUUAGUUUCCCCAGUUUUAGUUUCGCCCAACGAAUGGGAGAGGGGGGGGGGGGUGGGGAUCAAGCAAAUCUCGCAGAGCAUUACUGAAUUAUAGAAUAUGCAAUUUUUUAGCUCUUGUAUUUCUAAGUGUGUUUCGUAUUCGUAACUCAAUUCUGCAAGCAAUUUUCAAUUUCUAAGUGUCAUUUUAUCAAAUCUAACUCACUCGGAACUCAAUGUGCACUUCCUUUAUCGACGUUGUUCCAUUUUAAUUGUUAUACAAAUGCGAUUCGUAUACAUACAUACAUAUGUACUAUUAACGACAAAUUGUUAAUGUUUUAUGCAGACACUAUAAAAUCAACACAAAUGAACGCAACUAUAUAUAUUGAAAUAAUGAUAAUGAUGCACUGCACGGCAGGUUUUUGCACAUUGCACCACCUAAAAAAUAUAUACAUAUAUUAUAUAUAAAAAUAUAUAUAUUUUUAUUGUAGUUAUACACAUGAAAGAAACAAAAAGAAAUAAACGGCAAGAGAAACCGGAAAAAUAACAAGAAAAUUAACCAGAUUGCUGAAGUGGAAAUGGAAAACUAUAAACUAUGCGAACAUUUUACGGUAGAAACGACAACUAAUAGCCGAGAAUUUACAGUGCACGCCCAGAUGCAGCUAAACGCAAACGCACCUAACAUUUUGCCCAUAUACUAUAUACUACUAAUGAAAACAUUGAAAUAUAUGUAAAUGUAUUUAAAUAAAUAUUUAUGCCAAGUUGUCAACU